CCGAGCUGAGAACAUCAUCCGCUUUGAGCGCUUAGGCGCAGUGAUUACAUCCUCACACACAGACAGAGAGAGAGAGGGAUAGAGGGAAAGUCCUGUUAUCCGCCGAGUCUUUAUUCAGAAGUUGCAUUUGUAGUAGAUUCGGGCGCAGAGCGAACAGGAGUUUUUGCUCUCCUCCUUUUUUUUUUAAUUGCUCGUGUGGAGUUUCCUGUUUUUUUGUUUUGUUUUGUGACUUUCUGCAAAGAAGGGGCAGUGUGCUCUGUGCACGGGGAGAGCUGGCGAUGCGUCCUGGCUCCAGCCUGCGAUGUUUGCGCUGACGCCAAAAACUCACAGACCGGCGCAGAAUUGAUUAAAACAGAGAAGCUGGGAUCAAAUGGCUGUGCUUCUCACAGCUGAAACGACACAAUGUUCCACUGACCCGAGGCUGAGGAGAGGAAUUUUGGAAUCGGACAGCCUUGUUGCUGUUAAUUCCGCUGCCUUUUUGCGGACAGAGGAAAUCGGAAAUGCUCGUUUCUUGUAAGAAAAAGGAAUAACACUUUUUAUUUUUCGUCUUUAAGUGCACUUUGAGAGAGGGGUAGGAGAUGAUUUGGUUAAUAUUCCUGCUCUCCAUCCUGGAUGGAGCCGUCUCUCAGCUGCGUUACUCCGUGCCAGAGGAGCAGGAGCCUGGCUCUGUGGUUGGGAAUAUUGCAGAAGAUUUGGGGCUGGACAUCACCAAACUUUCCGCUCGCCGCUUCCAGACGGUGCCCAGUUCCCGGACACCUUAUCUGGAGGUGAACUUAGAGAACGGUGCGCUCGUGGUGAAGGAGAAAAUCGAUCGUGAAGAAAUCUGUAAGCAGACCAUCCCGUGCCUAUUGCACCUGGAGGUGUUUCUGGAGAACCCGCUGGAGCUGUUUCGCGUGGAGAUCGAUGUGAUGGAUAUCAACGACAACCCGCCCAGCUUCCCCGAGACGGACAUUUCCGUGGAGAUAUCGGAGAGCGCCAUCCCCGGGACCCGCUUCCCGGUGGAGAAUGCCUUCGACCCGGACGUGGGCACGAACGCGCUCAGCACAUAUGCCAUAACGAAUAAUAACUAUUUUUACCUUGACGUGCAGACGCAGAGCGACGGGAACAAGUUUGCAGAGCUGGUGCUGGAGAAGCCGCUGGACCGGGAGCAGCAGGCGGUGCACCGCUACGUGCUGACUGCCGUGGACGGCGGCAUCCCGCAGCGGACCGGGACGGCUCUCCUGGUCGUUAAAGUUCUGGACUCUAAUGACAACGCGCCCACGUUUGACCAGUCCGUGUUCACUGUGAACCUGCGGGAAAACUCUCCCGUGGGCACGCUCGUCAUUCAACUCAACGCCACAGAUGUUGACGAGGGACAAAACGGGGAAAUAGUUUAUUCUUUCAGCAGUCACAACGCGCCGCGGACAAAAGACUUGUUCAAUAUUGAUGCCCGAACAGGUAGGAUAGAGGUGGCGGGGGAGGUGGACUAUGAAGAGAGCAACACGCACCAGAUUUAUGUCCAGGCGAAGGAUCUGGGCGCUAACGCGGUCCCCGCGCACUGCAAAGUGCUGGUUAAACUCAUGGACAUGAACGACAACACACCGGAGAUCGGUUUCAGCACAGUGACCGAGUCCGUGAGCGAGCAGGACGCGCCGGGCACCGUCAUCGCACUUUUCAGCGUGUCAGACCGAGACUCCGGUGAGAAUGGACAAAUGAGCUGCGAGAUCCUGGGAGAUGUUCCUUUCAAGCUGAAAUCUUCUUUUAAAAACUACUACACCAUCGUGACGGACGGACCACUGGACCGAGAGAGCACGGAUUCGUACACCAUCACCGUGGUGGCGAAAGACAAGGGCCAGCCUUCCCUCGCCACCAGCAAGUCCAUUAAAGUGCACGUCUCCGAUGAGAACGACAACGCGCCCCGUUUUACGCAGGCGGUUUAUGAUGUGUAUGUAACUGAGAAUAAUGUGCCCGGUGCUUUCAUUCACGCAGUGAGCGCUUUGGACCCUGAUAUAGGACAAAAUGCUCUUAUUACCUACUCCAUAUUGGAGUGUGACAUACAGGGCAUGUCCGUGGACACGUAUGUGUCCAUAAACCAGGACACCGGCUACCUUUACGCGCUGCGCUCUUUUGAUUAUGAGCAGCUGAAGGAGUUUAGCUUCAUGGUGCAGGCUAAGGACUCAGGUCCCGCUGAGCUCUUCUCUAAUACCACUGUAAAUGUGAUCAUAGUUGACCAAAAUGACAACGCUCCAAUCGUAAUAGCCCCCAUCGGUAAAAAUGGCACAGCCAAGGAGCACCUGCCGCGCUCUGCGGAGCCCGGCUACCUGGUGACGCGCAUCGUGGCUAUGGAUGCGGAUGAUGGGGAGAACGCACGGCUGUCCUACAGCAUCCUGCGUGGCAACGAGAUGGAAAUGUUCCGCAUGGACUGGAGGACGGGGGAGCUGAGGACAGCCCGCAGGAUCUCACCCAAGCGGGACCCACUGGGCUACUACGACCUCCUGAUCGAGGUGAGGGACCACGGGCAGCCCCCUCUCUCCUCCUCCGCCAGUGUGAGUGUAAUGUUAGUGGACAGUGUGGUCGAAGGCCGCAGCGGGGACCGCGGCUCGGCCUCCAAGGCAAAGGAGACCUCCCUUGACCUCACCCUCAUCCUCAUCAUCGCCCUGGGCUCCGUUUCCUUCAUCUUCCUCCUGGCCAUGAUCGUGCUGGCCGUGCGCUGUCAAAAGGACAAGACGCUCAACCUGUACACGUGCCUGAUGGCCGGCGAAUGCUGCCUGUGCUGCAGCUCCUGCUGCAGUAGGUCGGCCCGGAGCCGGAAACAGAAGAAGCUGAGUAAGUCCGACAUCAUGUUAGUUCAGAGCACCAACGUGACAUCAGGGGUCGGGCCCGUGGGCCAGGUGCCCGUGGAGGAGUCUGGUGUGGGCGGCGUGGGAGGGGGCUUCGGCUCCCACCAUCACCAGAACCAGAACUCCUACUGUUACCAGGUGUGUCUGACACCGGAGUCCGCCAAAACGGAUCUGAUGUUCCUCAAACCGUGCAGCCCCUCCCGCAGCACCGACACGGAUCACACCAACCCCUGCGGUGCCAUAGUCACCGGUUACAGUGACCAACAGCCGGACAUCAUAUCCAACGGCAGCAUCCUGUCUAACGAGACAAAACACCAACGAGCGGAACUCGGCUAUCUGGUGGACAGACCCAGACGUGUCAACAGCUCGGCAUUCCAAGAAGCAGACAUCGUCAGCUCCAAAGACAGCGGCCAUGGCGACAGCGAACAGGGUGACAGCGACCACGAUGCCACCAACCGGGGUCAUUCAGCCGGCACCGACCUGUUCUCCAACUGCACGGAGGAGUGCAAGGCCCUGGGCCACUCCGACCGCUGCUGGAUGCCGUCGUUCAUGCCGUCAGACGGGCGCCAGGCGGACUACCGCAGCAACCUGCACGUGCCCGGCAUGGACGCCACACUGCCCGACACUGAGCCCGCAAAAGGAUUUGCUAGCUCGUUCCACGUGGACAUGUCGGAGACAGCGUGAAUUUCUGUACCAGACCACCAACGCCGACGCUAUAGACAGCGAAACAAAACUAAACAAACAGCAACCUGGACAAGAGCAACCUUCGUUAAACUUCAUUAUCUCGGCCGUCGAGCUGUAACGAAGCCUUGGCAGUGGUUGCCGAGAGGGGGGAAAGCAGAAAUAGAACUAUAUACCUGAGGAACAAUCCAAGGCCUUAUUCCUCUCAGCGGGACUGAGACCGGGGCCAAAACACUUGACAUUUGACGAUUAGGAAAAUCAUCAGCAGAAAGAAGAAAGGAACUGAUAUGAACAGAGGAAUACAAAAACGACAAGUGAAAAUAAGAGAGACAGAUUCACUCACAGAGGUGUUUUGUCUUUUCUUUGGACUGAGGAGUUAGCCUCUAGAGAUCUGUGUGUGCCUGUUUACAUGGAGAAAAAAAAAACUAAUGUUUCUGUACAAACUACAACCAACGUCACACAGAACCCUUUAGCUAUUUCUAUGGUCACCACUAAGCCAACUGUACAGAGACUGUUUGGGGAGGAAAAAGGAGACUGACAGUCAGAGUGAGAGAAAGACAAUUAGGUAGAGGGCAGGUGUUGUACAGGUAUGAAAUGACAGGAGAAAAAAAAAAUGAAGGAAAGGGGGACAAGUAGAGAUGAUGUGCAGUACUAUAAAUUCUGUAUCUCUGGUUUUUUGACUUGACUGUCUUUAUAUAACUUCUCUUUUUUUGUUUCCGUUGUUCUUUCUGUGUGGUUAAAGUGUGCAGACUCAGCGUACAGCUACAGACAGGAACAGGCGCUCCGGAGCCGGGGUUCAGUCCUCUUUCGUGUUUAGCCACUUCAGGAAGGCGACUUAAACAAACACAGACGACGCGCAGAAAAAGAAAAGGAGUUUAAACAUAAUCCUCAUGUUGAGUCUGUCAAUAAAAUAUCACAAAUGAAUGUUCUCAUUUCUACACUAGUGACAAACGGUUCCUUCCUGAGCUGACUGCAGAGAAAGUGAAAUGGCCCUUUACCAGGAUGUGGUUCCCUUGAUUCCAUUGGCCUAUACAUAAACAAUCAGACACAUUCAGUGGUUUUUAUCAUGUGUGCAAAGUGUUUACUGUGCUAUUUUAAAAAGCUUAUAAAUGAAUAUAAAUCUAUAUAUAUAACUCUCUAUAUAUAUACAUAUACAAUAUACUUUUUUCUGAAAACUGUGUAACCAUUGGUUAGUUUCUACACCUUAUAUUGUCAUUCAAUCUAAUAAUACGAAGUCCUACAAAAUCAAGACUUGUAUCGGUUAAAACAGAGAAGGAGUGCUGAAGCCGACGAAGCAAACCCCUUCACAUAAACCAUGGAUUAAGUUGCUGUUACUUGUUACUUUUCACAGUUUACAGACGCGAGGCCUCGUUGUGUGUAGCCACGACACCCGUUUGAGUUGUUUUGGCCUGUUGUGUAUUUUUACUAGCAGAAUAUGUGUUCAUGUACAGGAAGGGGGACUAUCACAAUCGAGCUAGAUAUCAAAGUUUUACAAUCAUACAGGAAAGGUAUACACAGACAAUAUACGGCGAGGCACAAUAUGACACGCAGGCACGCACCCACACAACACACACACACACACACACACAGGUCAAGUGGUGAUAAAUAAACAGUGUAAUUGAA